GUGGGGAUUCACGGAUUUGCAUGCAGCCGUCGGAGUCCGCUCUUCAUUUAUUGACGAAUGUGGAUAAGAAAUGGGGGUGAAGCGGGGCGAGAGCUGUGUCGUUGAUGGUGCACUGAGAAAGGAGUGUCUCUCUGGUUGUGCUUUGUUGGGUUCUGCGUGUCGCUGCCUCUGCUUUUGUAGAUUGCCGUUUUGAUUCGUAGAACUCCCUGAUUCUGGACGAAAGUUCGCUGGUCUCUUGCUGCAUGCAGAAAGCAACUGUCCCCACAUGCGAUGAGGCAGAGUUUGAUAGCGAGCGUGUAUGCCCAUGCGCAGAAGUCACGGUUAGAACGUGCAGCGAUUCCAUUUGCACGCAUUUGGUAUUUCCGAGUUUGUGGAGACGUGUUUUAAGUUUCUCGCGCCCCACUAGCCAGUGUGAUUGCCCGUCGAGAGACUGGAAACGGGCGUAAACGCGAUGGUUUAGUUUGACAGAAUGAUGGAACUCGGUUCGCAAACACAACAAUCUGUAGGGAAUGUUAAGGUUUCUUUGUGAGGUCCCUCGUUCCCGCAAGUCCUUCCGUACCUGUAGGUAGAUAGAUUCCUAGAAAAUAUGACGCACAAGGUGGACCCAGAAUUGAAGCCUGUACUGUCGUUGCUCGGGUCUCGCCCCGGAGCGCAGGCCGUGGAGGCAGCCAAGCAGGCGCUGGCUCGCAUCGACUCGCAGAUAUCUGCAAACGGUGUAGGAGAGUUGCCCAUGGCGAAGAUUGAGGCAUUACAGGAGGCAGCGGAGAAGGAGAAGCUUCCUUACUUAGCUGUGAUCCAGUUGGAGAUGCUCCAUCAGUCCUAUGAGGACCUCUUGAAGAAAUCUAGCAACACUCCAUCCUCCCUGCCGAAUUCAGAAAGUAUCGAUUUGGCUGUUGAGCUGGAAAAGACAAUCGCAUCGGCCUCCACCGAGAAAUUGGAACAUUUCGAAUUCUGCGGCAAGGAGUUGAAGAACAUCCCUCGAUCAUUAAUGUCCAUUACCUGUCUUUCGUCGCUGAAUCUCUCGAAUAAUCAAUUGGAGGUAGUGCCAAGUGAAAUCGGUGAUCUUGUGAAUCUGGUGGCGCUUAAUGUGCACUCCAACAAGCUGAAGAGCCUGCCGGAAAGUAUUGGGAACCUCUCGAAGCUUAAAAUUCUCAACGUAUCAGGAAAUCUGCUGAAAGCUCUCCCCGAGAAUCUAAGCAGUUGCAGUGAACUAGUGGAACUGAACGCCAACUUCAACCAAUUGGAGACUUGGAUGCCAGUAUUCGGGUGGAAACUGGUCAAGCUGCGGAAGUUAGAGUUUCAAUUCAACAACCUUGUAGGACUGCCGGAAUCUUUCGGUCACCUUAAGGAAUUGAAACACCUGGAUCUCCGCAACAACCAUCUCCGUGGUCUCCCCUUGUCCAUCGGAAGUCUUUCACAUCUCGAAACCCUAGAUCUGAGCAGAAACUUCAGCAACCUCUGCACUCUGCCCGACACCAUUGGCAACCUUGCGUCUUUGUUAACGUUGGAUCUCAGCUUCAACCAAAUCCGUGAGCUCCCCCCUGCACUUGGCAAACUCAAGAAUCUCAAGAACUUGAUGCUCGAUCAGAACCCACUCGUUGUGCCUCCUAAGCGGGUGAUCGAGCACAGCCAGGAAGCUGUGCUGGCCUACCUGCUGGAUCUCCUUGAAAACGGCGUCGAAUCCAAGCAAUCGGCUGUGGGACAAAUCAGGAAGAAGGUGAGCCCAAGGUCACCGGGAAGAGCAUCGGUGGCUUGUUUAAUGAUUCCUGGUAAUCCUCGCCAUGACCACGCCGGUGGGUGGGUUCCCGUCAGACCAGGCAACACAUGGAUGCGGAGUUUCUUAGGCCAAUUCAUGUGUGGGGGCCUUAUGGGUGGCAACACAUUGCGAUGGCAAGAACAUCACUCGGAUGACGACUAUUAAUGUCUUUCUCUCUUGUAUUUCCAGUAGCAGAUUCGAAGCAACUGACUCUCACAUCCCAAACCCCUUUGUCAAUAUAUAUAUAUGCCGCAAUUAGCACACCUUGGUAAUUUAGUUUCAGACAUGGACCGCCUAUUUGUCAAGACUAUGGUGACGUUGAAAUGGUGUGUGCUAUUGCUAAAGAGUGCACCUCGAUUCUCGUUGUAAAUACAGCUCUGACAGUAAUGUACUAGACUGUCUGAAAUGUGAGGUAUUUCCUGCGAAACCUUUGAUGGUUAACAGAUGAGAAAACGUUAAUCUUUGAGCA